CUGUAAAGCAUAUUAUUUUCAGUAGUGUACUAAACUAAUUUACUUUAUCCUCUUUUAUCAGUUAACAUUAUACAUUAGACGUGUUUAUUAAAAUGGACUAAGAAUAAAAAACUUCUCUCCUUCAGACACACCACUGUGUUUACACGCGUUCUAUUUCGGUCGGCCGAAUGACCCCACACGAUUGUGUGGAAUUUCUCUUAAAGGGAUCAUAUGCAGCUGGAGCUCUGGAGCUAAGCGAACAUUUCUGUUCCAAAUGUUAGCUUUCUUCCUGUCGUGAAGAUGGAGAUUUUACUGCGCAAACACACUCAUGUUGGUCCUUAAACAAGCCUUUCCAGGGGAAUGCAGUCGGCUACAGAGGAGAACAGUUGUGAUGGUACCUCAGGUGUGCCUAUGGGUUCGAUGGUACAGGUGUGUUUCCCUAACGUGCAGACAUGUGUGCUGGACAGCCUUAACAGACAGCGUGAGGACGGCCAGCUGUGUGACCUCUCCAUACACGUACAGGGACAUGUCUUUAAAGCCCAUCGCUGCGUGUUAGCUGCCUCCUCACCGUACUUCCAUGACCAGGUGCUACUGAAGAACAUGUCUACAGUGUCCAUCCCAGCUGUAAUGGACCCGCUGGCAUUCGAGAGAGUCCUGCGCUGUGCCUACACUGGCCAGCUGCAGAUGCUCCGUGAAGACAUUGUCAACUACCUCACCAUUGGAAGCGUCCUGCAGAUGUGGCACAUUGUGGACAAGUGCACAGAACUACUCAGAGAGGACAAGGGAGGUUCGUCUGGGCCACAGGGUACAGCUCCGUCCUCAGAGAGCGCUCGAUGCAGCAGUAUCGCUAACAGGGAAUCCUACGGUGGAGAAGGACACCUACAGUCUGUGGCGCCGCCUCUGACCCGUCCCUCACUAAUCGAGAGUCAGUCUCCCAGCAGUACAAACUACUUCAGCCCCAAAGAUGCUAGUUUCGGUGGAGCCAUGGCGAGUACAGGAACAGUGGGAGACGGAGGCAUGCAUUCUACUCCGAACUACUGCAUGCCGUCCAGUCAAGAAGACGCUUUCCUAAUUGAUGAGGAGGAGGAAGAGGAUGAGGAGCUCGUGUACCCGAGGAAACAGGAACAGGGCAGUGGCAGAAGGAAGAAGCCUACUCCUGCCUCUGAUCAAGACAUGGGAGUGAGCGACAGUUUCGGUGUUUCCUCCUACCAGGAUCUGGAGUCGUCUCCGCCGCAGAAGCGCCCCAUGUACAGCCAGCCAAGCAUCAUGCCUCGGAAGCAGUGGGUGGUGGUGAAAACCGAACGCUCCAGGGAUGACGACUUCAUCGUGGUGUCUGGAGAAGAAGGAGGUGAAAACGAAGACGAGCAGGAUCUAGAGCUCAGCAAAGAGAGAGAAAGGGAGAGGACAUUUAAUAUUUCUAAUGUCAGGACUCUUUCUGCAGACCUCAGCAUUAGGGAGGACAUGGAAGCCCAGGUUGACUACUGCCAAUCACCUGAAGACUACCUCAAGGUUGAAAGUGGUUUGAUGGACCAAGCGUCGUCACAGCACUCUGUGGAGAACCCCAGCCAGAGCAGCAGUCGAGGAUUACUGAGCUCGGUCCAAUCAGCCGCUGCCAGAACACAGCUCUUCCCACUGGACAUGCAAGGGAACCAGAUUGUUCUCUACAACCAGCCUUCUCUUUCAGUCAGCCACCAAGAUGCUUUACCUGGGGUGUCCUUAAAAGGAGCCUCAGAGCAUGGAAAGGUCCACUUACCCAGGCACGGUGGAAUGGACAGUGGCUUUGAUGGGUUAGAUGGCAAUGGGGCUGGCACCGCGGGCAAAGUCUUUAUGUGCCACUGUGGCAAAAGGUUUACUCACAAGAGCAUGCGAGAUCGCCACAUCAACAUGCAUCUCGACCUGCGGCCUUUCCACUGCCCGGUAUGCUCCAAGAAGUUCAAGAUGAAGCACCACCUCACAGAGCACAUGAAGACACACACGGGUCUGAAGCCGUACGACUGCCUUAGCUGUGGGAAGAAGUUCAUGUGGCGCGACAGCUUCAUGCGACAUCGCUCUCACUGCGAAAGGCACACCGGCAUCAGCACUAAUAGCGAGCUGCAAGGCACUGAAGGGUCAGUGAUUUCCCCUCAAAAUCUUCUUCAGCAUCAGCCCUCAGGCAACAAUGGUACUCCAGGCAGCGCUGGAGGCAGAAGUGGAGUCCCAGUUAUGUCUCCACACCACUCCAGUAGCAGCAGCAGCAGUAGCAGCAGUAGAAGCGGCUUGAGCAUGUCCAUCCCUGGCUCGCUUUUAGGGCUUAACCCCCAAAGUGGAAUGUAUGGUCAUGGCUCCGGUGUCCUUGGGCUAGACGUGAGCCAGAGUGAAUGUGGGGAUGAUAUAAGUGAGGUGUGUAUAGGUGAAAACAGCAUCACUUAGACAUCACCUCAGCAAACAGCUAAAUAUUGCCACGUCGGACCACGUGUACAGUCGUCUGGUUGUGAUAGUGUCUGUAAGCAUGAUUCAUGUAACAAGUUAGGAAAGAAAUAACGUCUAAAGUCUUAGAGCACUUAUAAUGUGUCCAUCUGUUAUUGGUGCAUUAAUUUUAAAUAGUGCACAGUCCAGUGGACGUUUUAAAAACAUUCUAAUUUAAUGAUAAACAAAUCUUUUUUUAAAUAAUUUGGACAAAAUACAUCCCUGGGUAUUUUUGCAGGGCAGCACAUCACAUUCCUCAGAGCAGAACAUAUCACACAAGGGCUCUUAUUGACAUCCUGUGAUUUGAUGCUGCUGCAGCACUUAUUAUAAGGAGAGGACGCAUUCGAUCAUUUUAGCUGAGCUGUGACUUCCAAUCAAAGCUAUACUCAAAUCUCCAGUAGAUACGUUAAGGCACUGGUAUAAAAUGUGAAAGCCUCGCAUUCAGAAGUAAAGCCUUGUAAAAUAAAAGUAAAGAAAUAAAAAAGAUCAGCAUGAUGUAUGUGUAGCAGCCUGGAAAAAACUCUUGUAGUUCAGAAAGUUCUUCUUCGCACAUACUUUAUCCAGAACUAAAAGCUUAAUGUCUGAAUAAACCCGAAAAAAGGAGUACAUUUCAACUUCAUAAUUUAAAGAUUUCAAUCGAUUUCCAAUUAAAGACACUUUAAAAAUUUCUCCAAAUAAAGUUGGAACUUAAUGUAUAGAAGAAGUGCAUUGUAUUUAAUGUCUAUUCUAAAGAAUAGAAUAGAAAUUUAGAUUUAUUAGCAGGUCUGAAUGCAGAGGAGCAUUUUAUUAUCGGUCUCAUGGCUUUCACGCUCAGUAUCCAGCACACGGUAAUGUAUGGAUUUAAUUUUUUUAUAUUGUGCUGAAUGUGCAGUUCAUAAACCCAGUAUAAAUGGUCACUGUGAUUAACAGGAGUGUGUUGGACACAGAGAUGCUUGUCAGGUUUAUCUGUGCAGAACUCUGUAUCUCAGACAACCCCAGGGGGCAAGAAACUACAGUACGUCCUAAACGGAUUGUUCUAGAUUAAUCCGUCUACCAUGGUGAGUAAUCUAGAAAUCUACACGAUACACUGCCUAGGAAAGUGGAAUCUGCAGCCAGCUUUUCAGCUCCUUAUGUAAAAGAUGUCCUGCUGUUAAUAACACACUUCUAUCCGCAUUCAUUUAUCACCCAGCACCUUCUCCACGACAACUCCACCCUUUCACAGCCUCCCCUCGGAAACGCCCCCCUGCCGCCAUAACAGAUUUGUGUCCCGAAGUGCUUCCACUCAUCCCCACAUUCCACUGUAUUUAUGAUCUAAAUGACCCGAGUCGGUUUGUUCUCUUAUUUUGCCAGCCUGGGUCUCGGCCGUACGUUUUAAGAGACUUGUAGUUUUAUCUGGUGCCAGUUCCGAUAUGUAAAGCCAUCAAGUUCAUAUUCUGCUUUCUUAACAUUUCUCUGUAAUCUCUUCAUGUGAUUAUAAACAUCAGAGUUGUGACCUUGAUUAAUUUUUAUUAUUAAAUUUUUUUAUUGUUCUUUACAAAGCAGAAGGAACAGAGAAUAUGACACAUUAAGGGACUCGCUGCAUUCCAAAUCCUGUUUCCAUGAACUUAACAGAGGUGUAUAAUAAUAAAAAAACGACAAAAUGACACAGGGAGUAAUUAAAGAGUUAUCAAUACUGCUUCUGAUUUUAAUUCUGAAAGCUUUGCCUUCUGUGAAGGCUGUCGAAUUGAUUUGCCAUGUUUUCUAAUGGACUUGUAGCACUUUUGACGUUUCGUGAAUGUGGAUUUUACGAGUAAUUGUAUAGAAACUGAGCUCAUGCGUUUAAUUGGUUCAUUUCAGUACGCUGACAUAACACUCAACCUGUUCUCCAUGUCAAGGACGGGUUUAAACAUUGUGUGUUAAAUGGAUAAAAUCCUGUUACGCAUUUGUCAAUAAUAAAGAUUCACUGGAAAAAAACUGGUCUGAAAUGGUUUGAUGAAUCACCUUACUUUUACAUC